AUGUCUGCCACAGGGGAUCCAGACCCAACGCAAGGGGACCAGGAGGCCCUGGUGAGCCAGGAGGGAGCGCAAGUCGAGGUGGCCGGAGCUGGUGACCGGGAGGGCAUUGAUUCCGGUCCCAAUAGCAGCAACGUGGUGCCUGUGGCUGAGGUGGCCGGAGACGCAGGGCCCAUGGAAGGCCUCAGGGUGGAGGAGGGUGAGCAGGCGGCAGACCUGGCCACAGCCCCCGGGGGCAGGAGCGUCGAGGAGGACUCGGACAUUAGGCCGGUGGAGGAGGAGGAGGAAGAAGACCGGAACGUGGCCCACAACCGCAAUAUGGUCGCAGUCGCACAUCGCUACCCCAUGAUGGGUGUUCGCUUUGUGUUACUCGACAUGGUCUACUCCCUUCUCCGCCGCCUGUAUGAGAACGACCACAUCGUGCUGGGGCCCCGUCACUGUGGCCGCCUGAUGCGGAUGGCCCGUGCUGCCGCACUCAAUCGCUCCGGCGAGCCCCGCCAGCUGCUGCCACCUCAGAGGCUGGGCGUGGGGAUCCCAGGCCCAGAGGGCGAUGGCCUGGGCCUGAUCCAGGAGGCCGCGUCAGUCCCAGAGCCUGUGGUGCCAGCCGACCCCGCCGAGAUGGCAAGGCAGCCUGCAGAACAGCCAGCUGAGGAGGCCGCAGAGGGACCAUCUGCAGAGGAACCGGCCACAGAGGGACUGGCCGCAGAGGAACCGGCCGCAGAGGAACCAGCCGCAGAGGAGGCCACAGCCCCCAAAGAAGUCACCAAAUCUCAGCCUGAGAAGUGGGAUGAAGAGGCCCAAGAUGCGGCAGAUGAAGAAAAGAAAGAACAAGAAAAAGAAACGGAUGUGAAAAACAAGGGGAAGAACUCCAAAGGGACCUAG